AUGGAGGAAGAGAUUGCCUGUUGCGACUGGGUUCGAAUCCCCGCUACCGCAUUCACCUGGCUCCUCUCCCAAAUUCCACAAACAGCAAGAGAUCAUCAAAGAGAAAACGAGCUUCCUUUCUCAACCUCCUCCUCCUCCUCCAUUGAUUCUGCGGCAUUCAAGGUCAACAGCCUCCGCCUCGACGCCGAGGCUCGAGAUUCCAUGGUGGCCACCGCUUCGGAGGAGGAGGUCGCCGGCGAUCCCAAGGCUUGGAAGUGGAGGGUUCGGAAGAGGAUCUGGGAUCUGAUGGAGAGGGAGAACAUAGCUCAGAACCCUAGGCCUGUUCGCCAUCGGAUCCCCAACUUCGUCGGCGCCGCUAAAGCUGCUGACUUGUUGGGGGGAUUAGAGGCGUUCAAAAAGGCGCAGUGCGUGAAGGUCAACCCUGACUCUCCCCAGAAGCAAGUCAGAUUCCUGACGCUGACAGGUGGGAAAAAGUUGUUGACUCCUCAACCACGUCUUAGGACUGGAUUCUUUUCUGUGUUGGAAUCUGAAAUGUUGCCUCCUGGUGCAAUAAAGGAGGCAUGCACUUCUGUUGGAGUUGCGAAAUAUGGUAGACCAAUCGGUUUGGAUGAAAAAUUCAAAGUAGAUUUGAUUGUUAUUGGAUCAGUUGCAGUUGAUCCAACAACAGGAUCCAGACUUGGGAAGGGCGAGGGCUUUGCUGAACUUGAGUAUGGAAUGUUGCGUUACAUGGGAGCUAUAGACGACGAUACAUUGGUGGUCACAUCGGUCCACGACAAGCAGUUGGUAGACGACAUCCCAGUUGAAAAGCUCUUAGUUCAUGAUGUUCCAGUCGAUAUCAUCUGCACUCCAACUCAAAUCAUCUUCACCAACACGACAAUCCCGAAACCCCAAGGAAUAUAUUGGGAGAAAUUGUCACCCGAGAAGUUAGCUCAGAUUCGCAUACUGAGAGAGCUGAAGAAGAGGAUAGAGAGGGAGGCCGGUCAGAAACUCCCGUGUGGGCCUUCAGAGAAGCUCCCACCCACUGCUCGGAGGAGACGGUGAUUCGUUAUACUUUUCGAAGAUUAUUACAAAGGUUUUAAUUUUAUGGCU